UACAUUCAAUGACGUGAGUGAUACCGAAAAGGUUGCCAGGUUGGCAACACUGUUGUAGCGAGUCACGGGCGUGCAUUAUCACUGACAUAGACAAAAAAGGAAUAAUAUCGCAAUCGCAGUAACGUCUAACAGCCAUCUCGUGCGGUUCGUUUCGAAUCUCGUUCUCGUCGGUCGUCAUCCGGAACGGCAAUACCUGUACAAUAAUCAAAAGUAAAAUAGUGAAAGGCGAUUUUCUAGUGUAAAACCGAUCUGUUCGAUCUUGUUACGGUUACUCACGUGCGAUUCGAUUUCCUUUUCAACCCUAUUAUGAUAUAACAGUCAGGUUGAUAUUGAACGUCGAGAUAUUCGCUUAAAUUUUCAACGACAAGAACUAUCAUCGAUUUUUUACCUUUCUAUAUUAUAUCCCCAAGUUUCUAUUUUUUUUUUUUAAUCAAAAUGCCAGCAUCUGGUCCAGUUUACCAGCCAACAACUGUUAGCUAUGAACAACAAACUGAGUGGGCUCAACCACCUAAUAGUUUAUUAAAUCGUAUUUUGAAUCAAAUUCGUAAUCCCAAAUGGUUUCAUUGGUCAUUCAUUUUAAUAAGUUGGAUUCUAAUUGCAAUUGGAGUAUUUUUAUUCCUAUCGAUUACUACUAAUUUUGUGAGGUCUGAUGAUACCAAAGAUAACUAUACUGAAGAUAUAGCAUUCUUGGUCAUUGGAUCAUUUUGCUUUGUUUUUGGUGUAGUUCUAUUGAUUGGCUAUUUCCGAUACAUCAAAGACAAAGAAAGUUGCCCAUGCUUUAAUAGUAAGGCUCGUCAAAUGGAAGCACAAACUUCAAAUGGACAGGCUUCAACACUUAAUCCAUCUACUGAUCUAUUAAUGGCAUCUGCACAGUAUGGACCAACAUCUGAAGCUCCACCAACAAUCAUUGAAGAAGAUGAAACUAGGAAAUUAAUGGAAAAUGAUCAUAAAGAUGGUAAUGAUGAGAGUGAACACAUGCUUAGUUCAAGUAAUCCACCUGUAGCUGCUCUUCGCACACAUGUACCAGGAAGCACUUCACCUAUAUCAGGGGAGGAUGCUUGACUUGAGGCCAACUUCACUGAUUCCUUGUCUGGUAUCACUGAUUACUAUAACAAAUAUGACAUUCCUCUCUUUAAUCAACGCUACUCACCUCAAACGCCUAUCCGUGUAAAUCGCUGUGGUUGGACUGCACCCUUAGCCCAUCAAGAUGAUGUGACUCCUUCAAUAUGUUCUUCAUUGUAUAGCUUGGAUAAGGUGAAAAAUUGACUUCAUACCACAUUCCAUGGGUGUUAUGACUUAUUGUUUUUUUUUUUACAAAUAUACUUAAUUCGCACAUACUUGUUAUUUGAUGACAGUAUGCACAAUUUUUUUAUAUAAUCUUGGAGGUCAGUGGUCUAAGGUUAUUUUGUGUUUUUAUACUUUGAAAUAUUUUUUCUAUGUUAAUAUUUAGAUUGUAUGACUAAUGAUAAAAAUGUAAAGUUUUAUGGUCUUUAGAUGACAUUAUAUUAUUGUUAAUUAUUUGCAUCCUUGAAAUGUAAAAUGUAUAAAAAAAUCAAUUAUUUAUUUCUUGAAAAUUGUUCACUUUAUCAUAUUUGUUGUAUACGAGUGUUCAAAAGAAACCUUUUAAUUUUAAGGAUUAAGAAUUGUAUUAUUUUUAAAUUAAUGAUGUACAAUAUUGUAAUGUAAUUACUAAUUAUGGAUGUGAUUAAU